AUGGAAGAUAUGGAGUCAAAAAUUCAUCUAUUGCAAGCCAAUCAGGAUACAGAAGAAUACACAUCUAGUUUUCCGAUGGGAAAACAAGUAGUCAGUACGAUUAAACCACAAAUUGGUUCCAUGACAAAGUUUCUGGUGUUCAUCAUCUUGUGUCUACUAUCAAGCAAUACGUUCCUUCUACUUCAUCAUACAAAGCUCGAGGACACAAAAUCUUCAGAAAAUGAUUUAGCUGUCUCUAGAUACGCACGUCUUAAAUACGACACUCCUCUCAUAUACUACAAUCACACAGAUUAUAUGAGCAAAAAUGACACCCUCCAAGAUGAGAUGUGGGACGGUAUUGAUACAAGCCCACUGGUCGUGGCGCUUGACGACGAAUGGGCAACUGAGCACCAACUGCCGCUUUCAGUAUUUCGGUUUCCAUGGGAUCCUGAAGCAAAAGGAAUCUACUUUUUGAAAGCUUUCCAUGGGUUACAUUGCCUGAAAGUACUGCGCAGAGCUUUCAUCGAUUAUGAGCGGGGUGGUGAGGUUGGAAGUUCUGCCGGUCAUGUCCACCACUGUCUGGACGCACUCCGUCAAGAUAUGAUGUGCAAUGCCGAUGAUACCCCAAUGCCUAUGAACGAUUUCCCGAACAAAAUUGGGCACGAACAAGUUCGCAUGUGUAGAAACUUUAAUCAACUGAUCCAAUGGACAAAAGAACCAGAGAGACACGCCUGCUACCACCGAUGGAGUGACUAUAAAGGGAGAGUGAAAAACAGAAUGGAGAUGUUUGCGUUUUGUGAAGAAGAAUCGCAGUACUACGGAAAGAUGCAACAAUACUUUGAAAAGUUUGGCCAUAAACCCCCCUUUGGGGAUGGCGACAAGGACUUUCCUACUUGGAACUCGCGUUGA